AUGUGCCUGCACAGAUCGCUGCAUACUAUCGCCAAGUCUGACGACAUCAGCACUGUGCUGAGACUUCCAUCCAUGGCCACCAGGUUGUGGUCUCCAAAAAUUCAACACAAAUACAUAUUACAUAAAUCUUGGAUGCUGAAAUAUCAGGAGACAAUUAGCAAAUGUCCAAAAGUAAAGUUUAGGUGGCAGUUGAAGAAUUAUAAUUACAUUCUGGCCUUUCUCUUUGCCAUUGAAGAGAUCAAUAAGGACCCGUAUCUGCUCCCUAAUUUGACACUCGGUUUCAGUCUCUACAACGCCUUUAAUAAAUAUGAGAAACCUUUAGAGAACAUCUUGCUUUGGUUCUCAGGAGGGAAUCAGACUGUCCCAAAUUAUAACUGCCAGAAACAAAGCAAAUCUACUGCCAUUAUUGCAGGAACCACACUAGAAUUUUCAUCAAUCCUUGGACCACUUCUGGGACUCUACAAAAUUCCACAGGUCACAUACGGAGCAUUUGAUUCUUCACUGAAUGACAAAGAUCAGUUCCCAUCACUCUAUCAAAUGGCUGCUAAGGACAAGUUCCUAGUGCGUGGACUGAUCUGUCUACUGCUGCAUUUUGAAUGGACCUGGGUGGGGGUAGCCAUCACAGAUAAUGUAGAAAGUGAGACAUUCGUCUGGACAUUGAAAGCAGAGAUGGUGAAAAAACACUUAUGUAUUCUCUUUAUAGAGAAGUUGCCUACCUCAUGGGUAAGAACUAUCAGUUUAGAUGAAGGAGUUGCUCUCUCAACAGAGGAUGCAAAAGUAAAUGUCUAUUUAGUCUAUGGUGAUUCUGACAUUUUUAUAAACAUACACAUGCAUUCAAGACUGACUGAAUAUUCAGGUAAGCUGUGGAUCAUGGUAACAGAGUCCUAUGUUGACUUAUAUAAAAUGAAGAGCAUUAUGGGCCUUUUCCAUGGAAGUCUCUCAUUUUCAUCUCCAAAGAGAGACGUGCCUGGUUUUGAACACUUUAUUAAAACAGUGAACCCUUCCAAAUAUCCAGAAGAUUUUUAUUUCAAGAGAUUUUGGCUUAAUGCAUUUAACUGUGUAUUUUCUGGGUCAUCACUAUGUGGAAAAUUCAGAGACUGUCCCCCAAAUACCUCCUUAGAGUUUAUGCCAGGAAACACUGACAUGAUGGUCAUGUCUGAAUCCAGCUAUCUUGUCUACAAUGCUGUGCAUGCUGUGACCAGAGCCCUCCAUGAGAUGCUCCUGGAAGAAGCAGACAUGGGGUUGACAAAAGAUGCAAGCCUUCUAGUGCCUCUCUCCUGGAAGCUUCACAGAUUUCUGAGAAGUCUCCAGUUUACUAACAGCAUUGGGGACCAUGUAUCCUUGGAUGAGCAAAGAGAAUCUAAAAAACAAUAUGACAUCCUGAACAUUGCGCUAUUUCCUACAGCUCAGGACUUCUUGGUUAAAGUAGGAGAGUUUGUCAUCAAUGGUACAAGUCAUCAAAGUUUGGUCAUCCAUGAUGAGGUUAUAGAAUGGCCUAUGGGAUUGGAAAAGCCUCCCACAUCUGUGUGUAACCAGAAGUGUGGUCUGGGAUUCAAGAAAGUUACACUGUCUAAAGACAUCUGCUGCUUUGAAUGUGUCUUUUGUCUGACAGGAGAGAUUUCAAAUACACAAGAUGCACGGGAGUGUAUCCAGUGCUCUGAGCAAGAAUAUUCAAAUGAAGAGAGAACCCACUGUCUCCCCAAGUUGGUGACCUACUUGGACUUUGAAGAUCCCUUAGGGAUGGCUCUGGCCUGCACAGCUUUGUGCUUCUCUGUGCUCACAGCUGGGGUUUUGUGGGCCUUUGUGAAGCACCAAGACACCCCCAUAGUCAAGGCCAAUAACAGGACUCUCAGCUAUGUCCUGCUCAUCUCUCUCCUCCUCUGCUUCCUCUGCUCCUUUCUAUUCAUUGGUCGGCCACACCCAGUCACCUGCAUCCUCCAGCAAAUCACAUUUGGACUUGUGUUCACUGUGGCUCUUUCCACUGUGUUGGCAAAAACCAUUAUUGUGCUGUUGGCAUUCAAAUCCAUGAAGCUGGGAAGAACCAUGAGGUGGCUGUUGGCAUCAGGGGCUUCUAACUAUGUCAUUCCCAUCUGCACUCUUGUCCAAGUGAUUAUCUGUGGCAUCUGGCUGGGACUGUCUCCCCCCUUCAUUGAUGUAGACACACACUCUGAGCCCAGGCACCUUCUCAUCAUGUGUGACAAGGGCUCAGUCACUGUGUUCUACUGUGUUCUGGGCUACCUGGGCUCCUUGGCCCUGGUCAGCUUAUCCUUGUCCUACCUUGUCCGCAACCUGCCUGACGCCUUCAAUGAAGCCAAGUUCUUGACCUUCAGCAUGCUGGUGUUCUGCAGCGUCUGGGUGACCUUUCUGCCUGUCUACCAUGGUGCCCAGGGUAAGCUCAUGGUGGCCUUGGAGAUCUUCUCCAUCUUGGCCUCCGGUGCUGGUCUCCUAGUGUGCAUCUUUGCUCCCAAGUGUUACAUUAUUCUGAUCAGACCUGACAAGAACUCUCUGAAACAUCUAAGGAACAAAAUGGGCCUCAGGAAAAACAGACAUACUUAG